AAAGAAUCUGUUUGUGGUUGACAAUUCUGAGUUGACACAGAAGGGUGGAAUGGUUACUGUGCCAGGUCUUUCUGGUGGAACAACAUAUUAUGCAAAGGUUGUUGCAAGAAAUUGUGUUGGUGCUAGUGUUCCUGCUACACAGUCUUGCUCUACACGCUGUGGUCCAUUGUUGCAGCCACGAGCAGCCAAAGAAGUAUUUUUGUCUGAUGACACCAUAACACUGACAGUAAAGGCUCCUGACUUGAAUUGUCAAAUUGACAAAUACAUUGUUAAAGACGUCGCAUCUGCCGACGAACUCCAGUCAUCAUAUUCUGUUGAGAAUGGCAUUGUAACUAUUACCAUAACGGGACUGGAGGCAGGAGCAAACUAUACAGUUCAAGUGUAUGCAGUAUAUGAUCAGUCACAGGAACGUCCAAUAGGGAAACCAGUCACAUUUCAAAUAUCAAGCCAAGAUAAAGGUGAGGAAGGUCUAUCAUCAAGUGUUGUAGCUGGUGUGGCUGCUGCAGUUGUGUUGGUGAUCAUUCUCAUCAUUGUUGGUGUGAUAAUAUGCCUAUACAGAAAGAAGAGAGAUGUAACCAAGUCCACUCGAGAGACUAGUAGGACAGUCAGAAGUCAAAUGUAUGAAGACCCAUUGCAAACUCCAAUCUCAGACACAGUGAUGCAACAAUCAAGUGCAUAUGGCGUGGUGGGAAGGGAGAGAGCAGCUGGUGACUCGGAAGUAAAGAUGCAGGAAUCACGAGCAUAUGCAACGAUACCCAUGCAAGUGGCUACUACCAAUGCAAUCGUGUCCAACAUGUAGAGACAGCUGUCGGACAUGGACAAAUAUUGUUUCUGUAGUAGAUGAGUUUCUUACUUACAUGCAUAAUUGCUUAGGAGUUAUUCUGCAUGUUAUAAUCAGUGUCACUUUUCUUCUGGUGAUGCAUUGUAGCUACGUAGGCAAAAAGUGUUUGUAUG